GAUUUUUUUUUUUCUUAUUCUGGUUUAUGUUGAGGUGUAAGAUAAAAGAUAAAAGUGGAAACGCAUUCAGCGAGACAUAAUUCCCUCGACCUUCCCAGUGAAAGACUCGCCUCGAACCAUGUAAAGUCUCGCCCGCCGCGCCCUCCAUCUACCUCACGCAGCUGCACAACGACGAUGAGGCCGCCCCAGCUGAGGCGCCUGCUCGCCGCGGGCGUCGUCCUCCUGGCGGCCGUCGGUCCCUCGGAGGGCUUCCUGGAGCUCGUCGUCGGCUACUUCUUCGGCAACUACCUGUGGGGCGCCCCCGCGAAGAUCGGCGACCGCGUGAGCCAGGCCGCCCUCGCGCCCGCCCAGUCGCUGCUGCUGGGCGGCGGCACGGAGAUCGUGUCGCAGGCGCUGACGCACGACUACAUCCCCGGCAUGCGCGACUUCGUGUGGCGCGCCGUGGGCACCGCGGUGUCCCAGCUGGGCUCGCUCGCCGUCAGCGCCAUCUGGUGGUUCUUCUCGUCGGUCGGCGCCGCCAUCGGCCAGUCGCUCGGCACGGCCAUCCCCGCCGCCGUGGCCGCCGCCAACGCCAUCGCCGCCGCCAUCGCCAGCAUCAUCGCCGCCGCCGUCAACAACACGCUGCUUCAGGGCGACCAGAACCCGGCGAUGCAGCUGCAGGUGGUGACGCGGCGGUCGGUGGCGCGCCGCUCCUCAGGGCCGACGCGCCGCUGGUCCGCCUUCUGCGAGGGCGCCGAAGCCCGGAGUCGGGUCGAGCAGACUUCCUCCGCCAGCCCUUCGCCGCGGCCGCGAGACACGACCCCCUCGAGUGCGUCCCUCUGGUCCUGUGCGCCAUCCACGCCGACCCGGAGGAGCUCCUCACGCCCAGGGAGUCCGCCUUCAGGAGGGUCUUCAGAUCCAUCUUCGCCCCAGAGCCCGUCCCCAGCUGGGCUAAAAGGUAUGUCGACGCGAGUAUCAGAGGCUCGACCAAGAACUCGACGCGGGUCUGCCAAGAAGCCUACCCCGCCUGCGCCUUCUCCAGUCACCAGCUGAGAAAACUCGUGGACGUGGCUUUAGAAACGGGAAAUUAUUUAACCCAGCGGUAGCCAUUGUUUUACUGUUGGGAUUAGAGUCUUUUUUUGUUUGGAAUUGUUUAACCCAGCGGUAGCCAUUGUUUUACUGUUGGGAUUAGAGUCUUUUUUUGUUUGGAAUUGUUUAACCCAGCGGUAGCCAUUGUUUUACUGUUGGGAUUAGAGUCUUUUUUUGUUUGGAAUUGUUUAACCCAGCGGUAGCCAUUGUUUUACUGUUGGAUUAGAGUCUUUUUUUUGUUUGGAAUUGUUUAACCCAGCGGUAGCCAUUGUUUUACUGUUGGGAUUAGAGUCUUUUUUGUUUGGAAUUGUUUAACCCAGCGGUAGCCAUUUUUAUGGAGUUGUGAGUUUUUAUUUAUCUAUUUAUUCAUCUAUUUAUUCUAGGUAAUGUAUUUUCGAUUGUGGGGAGAUUGAAGAAUAGGGAAGCUUUUCAACGAGCCAUUGCAUUUUAUGUAUGAGAAAUUAUUUUGCAUUUCAACGUCUCUCUAGUCAUUACUUUGUUUUUUAAUGCUCUCGCACUUUUUUGUUAUUUGUUUAUCCUUUCUUCAUGUUUUCAAUUUGCAUUUUUUUUACCUCAGUUUUUUUUUUCUUAAGGAGACACAAUUGCAGUUUGUUUAUUGUUCAAAUUCUAUUUUUUAAAAGUUUCAUGUUCAGUUUCCAUUCUGUUUAUUUGUCAAUUAUCUGAUUUAUGAGUAAUACAAAGGAUAAUAAUAUUUUAAAGGUUAAAUUAUGCUGAAGUAUUUUUU